AGGGGUUGGCAGAUUGUCGUAGAACAUUAGCGGCAGCCCGACAUAAGGGAUAACGAGUCUUAAUGUAUCACAUAGGGAAGUUAAGGUGUAGUUUAUAAACUGAUAGACCUUUGAAACCCUGAAGGAAUAUUAAACCGACAGAGGAGAGAAACUAGACCGGUCAUCAUUGGGAUUCAGAGAGAAGGUCCAGAUAAAGGAAAGGGAGAAGGACACUUGUCUCAGUUACAUAAGGGCCACUCGGUGGUUGCCUUCAUCCUCAGUUUUGGAGUGGAAAACCAAGUUCCGUGCCAUGGGGGAUUAUUACCAGAUCCUGGGUGUACUGAGAAAUGCAUCCCAGGGCGAAAUAAAGAAAGCGUACAGAAAACAAGCAUUAAAGUGGCAUCCAGACAAAAACCCAGACAACAAACAUGAUGCGGAGAUAAAGUUCAAAGAGAUCUCAGAGGCUUAUGAAAUCCUGUCAGAUGAAAACAAACGCAGACAGUAUGACAGAUAUGGCAGAGAAGGAGUUUCUAAUAGAGGAAGCCAUUAUGAAGAGGACUACUCGGGCAGAUUCACAUUCCGUAAUCCAGAGGAUGUCUUCAGGGAAUUCUUUGGAGGCAGAGAUCCAUUUGCAGAUUUCUUUGCUGAUGACCCCUUUGAAGAUUUCUUUGGUGGGCGGCACAGAGGUGUAAGCAGGAACAGGAUGGCAGGUUCAUUCUUUUCUGGAUUUCCACCCUUUGGUCCCCCCGCUCCUGCUUUUGACAUGGGUUUCACCCCGUUUGGUCCGAUGGGUGGAGGGGGCUUCAACUCGUUCUCCUCAUCUUCAUUCGGAGGCGGAGGCGGCGGAGGAGGAGGAGGAAUGGGAAAUUUCCGCUCUGUCUCGACAUCCACCAAAUUUGUCAAUGGACGAAGGAUUACCACAAAACGCAUUAUAGAGAACGGCCAGGAGAGAGAGGAGGUAGAAGAAGACGGUCAGCUUAAAUCUCUCACAGUCAAUGGUAUCCCCGAUGACAAUGCAUUGGAUGAAGGCUGCAGACAAGCUGCUCUCCCCAGCCCUGCUCCACACAACCGUUACCUCAGAAAUGUGCCCCAGAACCCUGUGGAGGAGGACGAUGAGAGAGGCCUGCCAAAUCUGGGAUUUGCUAAAGGUAUUUUUGACCCUAGAAGAAAGAAACUCUUGCUAAAGGAGAUGGACAGCAAAAAGAAACGGAUGCCAAGACUGGCUCCUCGAAUUGGGGUUUGGUUUUAAGAGUUGCGAAUGAACGUCUCUUAGAAGAGGAGUCACAUGAGAGAAUAUUUUGCAACCCUUCAAAAACCGAGCUGCAGCAUUUUGAUAAUACCAAAAUAAAAAUGAAUUGCAAUAAUCUAGCCUAGUAGUGAUGAAUGUAUGGAUUGCCAUUUCCAGAGAUUUUUCAGAUAUAGAUAUGGUUUAAUUUUAGCUAAUAAUCGAAGUUGAAAGAAACUGGUACCGAUUACAGAACUGAUAUGAAUGUACUGAAUAGUGUAAUGCAAUAAGUUUCAUUUCUCUGUCUUUAUUGGUCAAAUUCUUACAUUUACAUUUGUAUUUAUUUGAUUCAUGAUUUUAAAGCAUUUUGAAGGACAUUCUCCUUCAAUUUGUUAUCAGUCAUAGGUCAAUUAUGGCCACCUGGAAUACAUUUGUUGAUGUUUUAAACUAUUUAACUGAUCUUCUCAUUCUGUACAAUACUGUAUGUUUACUAGCUACCGAAUGAAGUAACUUGCUGCCUUUUUCCAGUACAUAUAUAAAUUUAAUGAGGGUGAUAUAUUGAUCAUUUAUUAUAAUACAUAUUUAUGUAAGGCACAUUAAAAUGUGUAUGUUUGCUAUAGAUUUGGCGCAUUAUGCAUUGUGCAGUAAAUUAUCGAACAUAUACGAAAUAUUGACAAAUGUAAAGAUUGCUUGAAAGCGAACAAUGGAAGUGACAAAUAAAGGUCAAUGCUGAAGAAGGAAUGAUGAGAAAUGAGAGAACGGGUUGGUAGGCCCAAAGUGGAAAGCGUAAAGCACUAGGGAAAAAAGAGGGAAGAUUUUUGAAUUAUUGAUUCACCAAUGUGAGAGAACACGUUUUCACCAUAUAUGUCUUUUGAUCCAGAUUUAAGCACUGUAUCAAUAUUUUAGAGAAUAUUCCAAAUAUGGCAUGUGCCUCGAGAACUGGGUUUAAAUGUUACCCCUCUUGCUGCAUGUAAAUUCUUUUUUGUACAUGAAACCAAAAACUACAUAGGCAUUAUAUCACAAUGCAGAGUUAUUAUGAAAAGUCAAAUGAUUCGGAUGUUUCUUUGAUGCUUUAUUGUUUUUGCCUGUGCUUUAUGAAUAUGCUUUACUGAUUGGUACAUGUUAUUGCUUCUGAUUGUGAUCUGCACAAUCUGUACCUUUCUAGCAGAUGUGAUUUUCUUUUUCAGUAUUGGCAGCAUCAUAUUUCUGUAACUUGGCAAGUAUGUUUGUGUUAAAUGUUUUUUCAAUUUUCUAAAUACACCAAUAAAGCUUAAUAUAAUGAUUA